GUCGGUAUUUUAUUGUAAAAAUUAAUAAUUUUAUUGUAAACACAUACGAUGGAGCGAGAUAACGUUUAAAACAUUUCAUUGCAUGCGCACACAUAUAUUGCCUCACUUUUUAAAAGUCGAUCGUUUGAAAUGCGCACGCGGAUGUGUUGAGAUGAAUGCGUGUGUACAUACAGUUACAUAUAUAUAUAUAUGUGUAUACAAAUGUUCUAAAAGCGUGUAAAAAAGUUAUUGUACGGAGCCGCAAUUAUGUUCUUUACAACGUUCCUCAAUAACUCUACUUUGUACAUGCGCGAUUAUUAUGCAACUUUAUGCGUAAUCGGCGCCAAGAGCCCGUUUUUUCCUUCACACACAUGCCACACUCGGUGCCUUGUUGAUCGAGUCAAACCCCUUUGGUUGAAUCUAGAUAGAUCUGUUGAUCGCUGUUGACGAUAGUCGCUCUCGGUCAGUGUGGUUUUUUUAUCUUGUUUGAAGUGGGCACGUUCAAUCGUUCCAAGAUGAAUCGUGUAAUGAAGGUCUUGAAGAGCAAGGAGACUCGCGAUUAUUUCAUGAGCACGCACUUUUGGGGACCCGUUGCCAAUUGGGCGAUACCGAUCGCUGCUCUUGCCGACAUUCAGAGAGACCCCAAAUACAUCAGCGGAAAAAUGACCUUUGCUUUAUGCUUAUACUCAGCAAUGUUCAUGAGAUUUGCAAUCAAGGUACAGCCGCGCAACAUGCUUCUAUUCGCCUGUCACUUUGUCAAUGAAGGUGCACAAAUAACACAAGGUUGUAGAUUCAUCAAAUAUCAUUAUCUAAUUAAAUCAGAAGAACAUGUACAGAAAUAAAUAUUAAAAAUAGCAAUUAUAUAUCAACAAAUGUUUAUACAUGUUGUAUAAACAUUUGCACAAAACACAAUAUUGCAAAAUAAUCUUUACGUUAAAUAACAGAAAAGGAGGGAAAGAGAGAGAGAGAGAGACAGAGAUGUAGAUAAUUCAAUAAAUGUAAAUA